GUCCUGCGCCUAAUUUACCCGAAUACGGACCCGAUAGACCAUCAUAUUGACUUCAUCUUUCCUAAUAUCAACAGAACAUACCUGAGGGUAAACAACCUACAACAUUAAGCAUAACAGAAAAACAUCCAUAGCAGAGAAUCGCGAAGCGCAGAAUUUCUGAAUUUUAUUAAUCUCUCGGUUUAGACUGUCGCGGACAAAUUGCGAAAAUGGGCCAGGAAGGAUCCCCUCCGCAGCCGGAGGGCGUUUCCUCGCUGCUUGAUACCGACUUGUACAAGUUGACGAUGCAAUGCGCCGUUCUGAAAUACUUUCCCGAUGUUCAUGUGACCUACGGCUUCACGAACCGCACCCCGGAUAUGCAGCUAUCGCGCGGGGCCUACAAAUGGAUUCUCCAGCAGAUCGAACGCCUCGGCUCCAUUCGAGUCACCCCCGACGAAAUCGCCUUCCUCAAGAAACGAUGCCCCUACUUCAACGACGGAUACCUGGACUUCCUCUCCUCCUUCAAGUUGAAACCCUCGGAGCAACUCGUCGUCACAUUCACCCCCGAGCAAGACACAGGCAGCGACAGCGACACGGGAAGCGUGGAAUAUCUCGUCAAAGGGCUCUGGCUCGACACGAUCCUCUACGAGAUUCCCCUCCUGUCCCUGACCAGCCAGGCAUACUUCAUGUUCAUCGAUAAGGACUGGGAUUACAGCAAUCAGGAGGAUAAGGCCUUCCGCAAGGGCUGCACGUUGCUCGAGAAUGAUUGCGCCUUCUCCGAGUUUGGGACGCGACGACGCCGCGACUACCACACCCAAGAUAUCGUGAUGACGGGCUUGCAACGCGCCGUAGAGGAGAGUAAGAAGAACGGCUGGUCGGGGGUGUUCACGGGCACGAGCAACGUGCAUUUCGCUAUGAAAUACGACGUCAACCCUGUCGGCACGGUAGCCCAUGAGUGGUACAUGGGUAUUGCAGCCAUCACGAACGACUACCGCAAUGCCAACGAGAUGGCGUUGCGAUACUGGCUUGGGUGUUUCGGCGAGGGGGUCCUAGGAAUCGCCCUAACAGACACCUUCGGCACCCCCAACUUCCUCGACGCCUUCCGCAAACCCGUCCCCGCCCCACCCACAGACAGCGAGUCUUCCGUUCGCGACUCCAAGAAGACCUACGCAGACGUAUACACAGGCGUGCGCCAGGACUCGGGCGACCCGAGACAAUUCGUCAAAAUGGUGCGCGACUUCUACCACCAACAGGGCAUCCAGCAGCCCAAGACCAUCGUCUUCUCCGACUCGCUGAACAUCGAGCACUGUCUCGACUACAAGUCUAUCUCCGAAGAGGCAGGCUUCAAGCCGACUUUUGGAGUGGGCACUUUCUUCACCAACGACUACAUCAACACAGCCACCAACGAGAAGUCCAAACCCCUCAACAUCGUCAUCAAGAUCGCGAGCGCAAACGGCCGUUCCGCAGUCAAGCUCAGCGACAACCUGGGCAAGAACACCGGCGACAAGUCGACUGUGCUGGAAGUCAAGAAGACUCUGGGCUAUGUUGAGCAAGAAUGGGAGGCGGGCGACGAGGGCAAUCGGUGGUCGAGGUAAACCUGCAUGUCCAUGUAUAGAUUAGUAUGUAGGUUUAUCUUUUGUUUUGUUUAGAAGUAAGGGAGGGAGG